GGUUCCUGCUAGUGCAUAAAUAUCCCAAACCGUUUCGCAUAGCAACAAAGAAGAAUUAGCAGAGUUUGCAAUUGACAAAUAAUGAAUUUUUAGUCAAAUCAUUUGCCUGUAAACUUUGCGAAAAAUAUAAAUUUUUAAUUACAAAGCGAUGGCCACCGCAUUGGAGAACUAUGUUAACAAUGUGCGGACAAAGAGUUCCGAAGGAAACUUUCGCAUAAUGGUGGAACAACUUAAUGACUCUGUCGAGGUGCUUUCAAGGUAUUUGGACUUACUAGAUAACGUGCUGGAAACGUUGGAUUUUCAGCAGCAUUCGCUGGGCGUACUUUACGUGUUGCUAGUCAAAUUCAAUGGUGCUGCGAAUGCAAAUGCAGAUUUGCCACAAUUGUUCAACCUUUACAAAGAAUUUAUAAGUCAAUGCAACGGAGAGCAGGUCCGGUACGCUACGUAUACAUAUUAUGAUCUAUGCCACAUGUUUACAAACCUCAUCGUUGAUCACCCGUACUGCAUUCAGGGCAUUAAAGUAGUAGCACAAGCCAUCGAAAAAAUUCGUCUCUGCGACUCUCAACAAACCAGCAUUCACUCCGAUCUCUGUCAGCUGAGUUUAAAAUCAAAGUGUUUCAAAACAGCGUUAAGCUUUCUGGAUGUAGACAUUACCACCAUAUCAACUGCAUCGGAGAUACGAGGGCAAAACUCAACUGAAGCGAACAAUGACGCCAAAUAUUUUCUACUCUACUACUAUUAUGGUGGCAUGAUAUACACUGCCGUUAAAAACUUCGAUCGCGCCUUGUACUUCUUUGAAGUGUGUAUAUCAACGCCCGCUGCAGCCAUGUCUCACAUAAUGUUGGAGGCAUAUAAGAAAUUUUUACUAGUUUCUCUGAUUCUGCACGGAAAGGUUUUGCCGAUACCAAAAUAUUCAGCACAAGUGAUUUCGAGAUUUAUGAAACCGCUCGCUCAGGCUUAUCACGACUUAGCAACCGCUUACUCAACCUCAUCCAGUGAUGAACUACGAAUUGUUAUGAAUAAAUCUAGUGACACCUUUACUCGAGAUAAAAAUAUGGGUUUAGUUAAACAGGUUGUAACUUCGCUAUAUAAGAAAAAUAUACAGCGGUUAACCAAAACAUUUUUGACGCUCUCACUUUCCGACGUUGCUAGUAGAGCUCAACUUGCAGAUGCUGCCGAAGCGGAAAAAUAUAUUUUUAAUAUGAUCAAAUCAGGGGAAAUUUAUGCAACUAUAAAUAAAAAAGACGGAAUGGUGGUGUUCAAAGAUGAUCCGGAAAAAUAUAACUCCCCUGAAAUGUUCCUUAAAAUCCAAGAGGAUAUGGCACAAACGAUGGAACUAAUACGGCAAAUAAACAAAAUGGAAGAGGAGAUUUUACUGAAUCCCCUGUACGUUAAAAAAGCUUUGGGUAAUCAGGAGGAUGAACUAACGUCGCAGCAUGCAAAAUCAUUUUCAGGAGAUCCAACAGAUUGAUGAUGCCACAGAAGUGAAUGCACUCUAGCCGCGCUUUUGUCAAAUGAAAAAAACUGUACGGAAUCUGUUUCAUCUGCUUCAUGCUCAAAUGCAUUUCUUCUGUAUUCAACAAAGAAUUUGUCUGCAGCAAAACUUUGCCUAUAAAGAAUUAUUAAAGAAUUGUUUUUAAAUUCAUA